AUGAAGCAAAGAAGAGCCCGGCUGAAAAAGAAUCAACAUGGCUUCCGGAAAAGUGAUGGACAGAAUAGUAAUUGUUCCCAGGAACCAUGUCAGAUCACAUCGAAAAGAACAAAGCGGGACAAAACGAAGGAAGGGAUCUUUGAGGAUGAAGAUGGUUCAAGGAGGCAGGAGGACAAUCAUGAUGGGAAUGAGAGGAAGGAAGCCAUUUUUAGCCAGGCUGAUGGCUUCAAACAACCCCCAAUCCAGCAAGAACACCAGAAGGGAAAGAGAAAGUAUGAGUGUCCUUCAUGUGGAAAAAUAUUCUGUUUCAAAUCGAAACUUAAUGCACACUGCUCUAUUCAUACAGGAGAGAAACCUUACAGAUGCUUUGAGUUUGGAAAGAGCUUCAGAGACACUUCAGGACUAACUUCACAUCAAAAAACCCACACUGGAGAAAAACCAUAUAAAUGCAUGGAGUGUGGAAAGAGCUUCAGUCGGAGAGAAAAACUUAUUAUACAUGAAAGAAUUCAUACAGGCCAGAAACCAUACAGAUGCUUUGAGUGUGGAAAGAGCUUCAGAGAAACUUCAGGACUAACUUCACAUCAAAAAAUCCACACUGGAGAAAAACCAUAUAAAUGCAUGGAGUGUGGAAAGAGCUUCAGUCAUAGCCAAAGCCUAACUCAACAUCAAAAAGUCCACACUGGAGAAAAACCAUAUAAAUGCAUGGAGUGUGGAAAGAGCCUCAGUACUAACCAAAGCUUAACUCAACAUCAAAGAAUCCAUACAGGGGAAAAACCAUAUACAUGUUUGGAAUGUGGGAAGAAAUUCAGUUUCAGGGUAGGCUUCGUUUUACAUAAGAGAAUUCACACAGGGGACAAACCAUACAAGUGCUUGGUCUGUGGAAAAAGUUUCAAUCAGAGCUCACACCUUUCUUCCCAUCGAAGAAUGCAUACAGGGGAGAAGCCAUACAUAUGCUUAGAGUGUGGAAAGGGCUUUAGUCAGAGCUCACACCUUACUGUGCAUCUUAGAAUCCACACAGGAGAGAAACCUUAUACAUGCUUGACAUGUGGAAAGAGCUUCAGUUAUCACACGUAUCUUACUUACCAUCAAAGAAUCCAUACUGGGGAGAAGCCAUAUAAAUGCUUUGAGUGUGGGAAGGGCUUCAGUCAGAGUACAAGCCUUUCUACACAUCAAAGAAUCCAUACAGGGGAGAAACCGUAUCCUUGCUUUGAGUGUGGGAAGAGCUUCAGACAGGCUUCAAGUCUGACUUCUCAUCAGAAAACCCACACAGGGGAGAAACCCUAUAAAUGCUUAAAAUGUGAAAAGAGUUUUCGGUUUAGCUCAGGCUUAGCAUGUCAUCAAAGAAUGCACAAAGAGGGGAAGAACAAUCACUAUUGUGUUGGCCUUCCUGGACACAAAGCCAGGGAACAGGGUGAUGAGGGUGUGUGGAAGAGUUUGGCCAACAUUGGCCAUGGCGACAUGAGGGGGUGCGCAGGUGAUGGACAGAAUAGUAAUCGUUCCCAGGAACCAUAUCAGAUCUCAUCGAGAAGAACAAAGCAGGACAAAACGAAGGAAGGGAUCUUUGAGGAUGAAGAUGGAUCAAGGAGGCAGGAGGUCAAUAAAGAUGAGAAAGAGAGGAAGGAAGCCAUUUUUAGCCAGGCUGAUGGCUUCAGACAACUCCCAAUCCAACAAGAACACCAGAAGGGAAAGAGAAAAUAUGAGUGUCCAUCAUGUGGAAAAAUGUUCUGUUUCAAAUCGAUAUUUAAUGCGCACUGCUCUAUUCAUACAGGGGAGAAACCAUAUAAAUGCUUGGAGUGUGGAAAGAGCUUCAGUCAGAGAAAAAACCUUGUUAUACAUGAAAAUAUUCAUACAGGGCAGAAACCAUACAGAUGCUUUGAGUGUGGAAAGAGCUUCAGAGACACUUCAGGACUCACUUCACAUCAAAAAAUCCACACUGGAGAAAAACCAUAUAAAUGCAUGGAGUGUGGAAAGAGCUUCAGUCAUAGCCAAAGCCUAACUCAACAUCAAAAAGUCCACACUGGAGAAAAACCAUAUAAAUGCAUGGAGUGUGGAAAGAGCCUCAGUACUAACCAAAGCUUAACUCAACAUCAAAGAAUCCAUACAGGGGAAAAACCAUAUACAUGUUUGGAGUGUGGAAAGCGCUUCCGUUAUAGGUCAGAACUUGUUUCACAUAAGAGAAUUCACACAGGGGACAAACCAUACAAGUGCUUGGUCUGUGGAAAAAGUUUCAGUCAGAGCCCACAUCUUUCUUCCCAUCGAAGAAUGCAUACAGGGGAGAAGCCAUACAAAUGCUUGGAGUGUGGAAAGGGCUUUAGUCAGAGCUCACACCUUAAUGAGCAUCUUAGAAUCCACACAGGAGAGAAACCUUAUACAUGCUUGACAUGUGGAAAGGGCUUCCGUAAUCGCAUGCAUCUUACUUCCCAUCAAAGAAUCCAUACGGGGGAGAAGCCAUAUAAAUGCUUUGAGUGUGGAAAGAGCUUCAGACACACUUCAGGACUAAGCUCACAUCAAAAAAUCCACACUGGAGAAAAACCAUAUAAAUGCAUGGAGUGUGGAAAGAGAUUCAGUCAUAGCCAUUGCCUAACUCAACAUCAAAGAAUCCACACAGGAGAGAAACCAUAUCCUUGCUUUGAGUGUGGAAAGAACUUCAAGUGUCGUUCAAACCUGACUUCUCAUCAGAGAAUCCACACAGGAGAGAAACCCUAUAAAUGCUUAAAAUGUGAAAAGAGCUUUCGGUUUCGCACAGACUUCAUAUCUCAUCAAAGAAUGCACAAAGAGGGGGCACUAUAA